GGCAAUUAGCAUUUUCACUUUUCAACCGGACGUCUCCCACUGUUGUCUUCACUCACGCGGCAAUUCGGAACUGAGCAUCCAUGGCCAUCUCCUAGGCAAGUUUCAAGUUUUCCAGCGCAAUAUUCUCUAAAAGUGUGUCCUCAUUGUCGUGCCUCGCGUAAAAUCCUCGGUGUACUUGAACAUUCGUGAAUAUUUGAAUCGGAAUCUCGUCCCCGGCAAGUGCAAGGAGUCGGCCAUUGUUCAGAACCUGUUGAGGCGUACCUCGUGGGUACCGAGUCCUGUCCUGCCCUUGAGUGAUCUGUAUGACAUUGAUAUUCUAUAGAUUUUCGUCUUUGAUAAACAGUGUGAACGCCAAUUAUCGCAUUAUCAUCGUGUCUCGCGAACACUCCUCGGUUUAUUUGAAAACAGUCGUGUAAAUAUCGCCCGCGCUAACUUGUAAAAUCGUGGCUAUGUGUUCUGUGAUCGUGGCCUCGUGAGCCCCGAGCUCUGACUUCUGGUGUCGAAAGUUCUUGAGAGAAUAUGUACUUGAUAUUCCAUAGAUUUUCAUCGUACGUUUCAAAGUGCGAAUAGCCGAUUCACUAGUGCGGUUUUCGGAUACGUGUGAGCAAUUUUGUGCGAAUUGUUUGACGAACUCAUGUCGCGGUAUUCGACAUUUGUGUGCGUGUAUUCUUUUUCUAAAUUGUUAACUUCAUCAUUCCGUCCUCAGUGCGUUCACGUGGUUCCUGGCUCCUGCUCAAUUCCAGUCAUAUGAUUUAAUUGAUUGAGUGUUUUCAUUUCUGCAAAGAGGAUGUCUGAUAUCUGGUCAAAACUUCUCACUGCCGCUGCCAGUUCUGGAUUGAGUGUAAAGUUCGGUUUUUGUGAUACCGUUGCGAGUGCUUUCAGCUUGGCGUCGGGCAAUUUUAUAAACCUCAUCUGUUCGACUCCUCAGUCACGAGUAACGCCUCUCGGUGCCUCAGCGUCUACCAACGUUGAACCCCGGGCAAGAUUGUCCAGUAGCAGCUCAAAUGGAACGAAUACUGGACCCAGACAGAGAUUGUCGACAAACAACUCCGAUUCGCGGAAAUUGACAGGCGAUUCGUCUAAAAGAAGCGCACAGUCAAAAAGCACCGAGAUGCCCGCAUCGGGAAACGAAGAAGCUCAGAGAGCUUCUUACUCAGAAGUCUGUAUGUCACCAUCGAGGCCGUCGUCACCCGUCGAUGAUGUCUUUGAUGAUCUGUUCAGUAACUCUUCGCAACAUGAACAUCACGGAGCACUCACUCAAAAGCCGACAGGGAAAUCGACGCCGGCAAAAUCCCGACCUCCGCACCCGAUGUCUUCUGAUGAAUCGACAGACGAGCUAUUGAAUAAUAUUCCGUUGCCGAACUCUAAUACUCAGUCUCAGAAUGCGGAACUGAGGGAACCCGCUAGAGAGAAUCAUGCUGAACCAUCCCGUAAAACAACAGCGCCUCCCAAUAG